GAAAAAAGGGUCUUCCCCUAUAAAAACCCUAAUUCAUGGUUCAUUGCCGUCCUUUCUUGUCAUUCUAUCCAUAACAUUUCCAAUAAAUUGAAGACGAAAAUCAUUUCCUUUUAGUUAUUAUUAUCUUUAUCUUUAUCACUUAAUCCUUCGCAAUAGAAAAAAAAAAAAAAAGAAAGAAAACUAAUUUUAUUUCGAAUCUGUUUUGAGGAGAGGAGAGGAGCUAAAGAUUUCCAUUCAUGUCUAAGGACAAGAUGGAAUUUGUUACCUGUACUGUUUCUGGCAAUGGCCGCUAUCAUUCUAUCUCGGGGACUUGUUAAAUAUAUGUUCGGGCGCAUAAGUUGGAGGUUGAGACAAUGGUGUUGGUGACACAUCAAUUGCAGGGUUCAUAUGUAGCAUUUCCUUCAAGGCCUUUAUCAUGGAGGAAAGGAUUGACAUUAAGGCGACAUGUAGUUACAUAUCAUAUGCUUGGGAGAAGAGAGAAGAGCAUAUCAUUAAGGAGCUCUGUUUGUUCAAGUAUAGGGACUUCUCAUACUUGUGGAUUGAAAGCCAAAAAUAUUAGAAUUUCAGCCUUCAAAGGCAGUGCUCAGAAUGAUGAAUCAGGAGGCAGAGCAAAUGACACAAGUGUUCCCAAGAAAUCUUUUAAAGUUUCUUAUGUGCGAAAAGAUGGUGAAGAGACCAUGAUAGAAUCUCCAAAGCCUCAUAAUGGUCCACUUGCCUAUGCCCCAGAAACAAGUGAGAAUGUUGUGGGAUCCCCUGCUAUUCAGAAAUUAUUCAAGAAAUGGAUAAUGAUAUUACGCUCACAAUCCCCAAAUCAACUGAUGGAUGAACCUCUGGGAGAAGGACCAUCUCCAAGGGACACAUCAGAAACUCAAAUUGGCACCCAAAGCAAUCAAAAAAGCGAGAUUCUAAAGAUGGUUUGGAGCCAUUUUUGGGAUAUGGAUGCAACAAUCAAAAUAGCCUUAUUAAUAUUUAUUCCUAGUUACCUGGCUGUCAGUUUGAUGUGUGGGGCUGAAGUUUCAAAGGAAUUGACUCCUCUAUGGGUGUUUGGGCCCCUGAUUGUUGCUCUUUACAUCAAGAUGCUUAGAGCCUUGUGUGCGUUCUAUGUUUUCUGCUUCAAGCAGACCGUUCAAAUAAUUGGGAACUUACCUGCCUACUGCCUUGUGACUUACAAUUAUAUCACUCGUGGAAAGCUGAAGGAAGAUGUACGAGCACGUGUGUGGCAGCCCGUGGUAGAUAUGAAGAACUUGGACUACAAGGAGCUGUAUAGAAGAAAGGUGAAAGAUUUUCAAGAGUGGAGGAUGGAAAAGUACCUGGACUUUGUGGAAUCAAUAUGGCCAUAUUAUUGCAGAACCAUCAGGUUCCUAAAGAAGGCUAAUUUGAUUUAGAUUUUGAGAUAUGUCUGAUCUGAGGAAAGUCUUAGGUGAGGGUUUAAAGGAGUUGGUUUGGAGAUCUGAAAAUGUUUCACAGGUUGAAAAUUUUGGAACAGAGCUAGCAUACCCCCUUUCAUACUGGGGGCCAUUCUUGACAUUUGGAGUUAAAAUGGAUUGAAACUGAAUGGAUUGAAACUGAGUGCCAGAUUUAUGUAAUUUUUGAAUUGGAAUGAUUUUAUUCAUGCGCGAAGUUGUUCUUAAUUUUUGUAAUGAUAUGAUGGUUCAUUCCCUGUAAUGUCAUCAUUUUCAUUUAGGUUAAUGUGUAUUUUGAUCCCUGAAUUAUACUUUUAUGGUUUGAUAUUUAAAAAAAUUCAUAAUUUGAUAAUUUAACUUGUUUUUUGAAGGCAUUGGGCAUCUAACGGUAACAUUGUUAAUGAAAAAACUGUUUUUUUUUUCAAUAAUGAACGCCACGUGUUGUAUGUUGUACCUAGUUUAAAUAAGCUAAAUGAAGUGGGUCAUGUCAGAAUAAGGGCCAAAUGCCACGUCAGAUUAAAAUUUGAAGAAAAAAAAA